AUGAGCGAUUGCGUAGGGGCUUGCCAGCAAACGCCGGUUCUUGGGGUGUACGAUGCCGGAUGCAAAGCGGUGGCGCACAUGGAAAAACACCUCCCGGGGGUCCUUCAAAACCGCGGGAGACCCACUCGGCUUGGCGACGAUGGGGUCGGGGGGGGGGGCAGCGGACAGCAACGCUGCCGCAAAUGACACCGAGGACGGCGAGCCCGCAAUCACACCACGCGUCUUCUUGCCGGCGUUGGCGCACCUCGGCAGCAACAGCGCAAGUACCACCGUCGAAGCACCGCAAGUUUCUCUACCUGUACCACCUAAGAGAGACAGCAAAGUCGACGUGUAUGCCCUCAAGGCUGCUGCCGUGGACGAUCGUGUGCAGAGCCAAGUAAACGUCUACGACCUUCUGCACGCGUCAGCCGAAACACAGGGGCCAGUACCGAAGGCCGUUAACUUGGCGGCCACGAGAGCUGUGGCAGCUCUCCGGGAGGCAGGAAUUCGGGUGCUCUCCUUGUUCGAGGUCCUCGUCUUCACGUACGUCUGGCCCCGAAACAUCGCCGAAGAUGAACCUGGCAUGCUGGAGUUAGGGGCUACCGGGUGGACCCUGCGAAGGCCUUCCCACGGCGUAUUGCCUGUCGGGACCACCGCUGAGAGCGUGGACGCAGUCAGCACUGGUGACGCCGAAAAGCACUUGCGGGAAGUGCUGGUGGUUGCUCGCGGGGCCAGGAAUGGAAAGGGCGCAUGCUUGCCAGAUUGGUUUGGUGCGGGGGAUUUCGUGGACGGUGACACGUCAACCCUCUACGCUACCCAGAUGGACGGGUUGCAUGCAUACGCGGCGGCAAAGACAAAGUUCAUGGUCGACGGAGUACAGCCGAUUGGCGAGAAAGAGCGCAAGAUCGCAGAGAGUGCCAUUCGCUGCGGCAUCGGGUGUGGAGACGGUGUAUACUCCAUCAUGGCCCUACAGAUUGCACUGGCGGUGGAUGUCCCCCCGCAUGAGAGCGCGGAGAACUUCAAGGUGGCCGGGUACGAUUGCGUCUGGCAUGACACCACCUUCGACGACAAGUCGUCCGAGCACGCCAAAUAUAAGAUGUGGCAGUCGGGGAUGUUUGUGGGCCCAGACGGACCUCACGAGAAGAACCACAGCAAGGAGUGCCAGCGGCAGUACAGUGGUUUCACGACAUGUGAUGAGCUUGCCGGGAUCAACCUGAACCCGCACGAACAGGACCAUUCGAAGAAGGCGUUGUACCUUCGAUCGCUCAAUACCAUGACAUUUUCCAACUUCACUUUCACGCUAAGGGUGAUCAACGAGCGCCAAAACCAGGGGUUCAACAGAGAAACCCUGAGGACGCUUUUAGCAAGUGUCACGGAACACCCAAAAGAUAGCUUUGCUGGCUGUGAAGCCGCCCUGUGGAGGUGCGGUAGGUGCUUUUGCGGGAAGCCCGUCAUGCGCGUAUUCGACUGCCUGGGGAGGGUGGGCAUUGUCAUGCUUGCUACGGUGCUGGGGUCGACCGCUUGAGUAUAGCAGAAUGGGGGAAAACAUGGUAGAGUAUUGUUUACGUUGGGAUUGUGCCUUAGAGUUGGAGGUGGGCGAAAGUCAGAAAGGUAUCCGAUUGAUAGUUCGGCCGGGCAGGCGUUUUGUAAUUUAUCGCGUGGGACCUAUUUAGUGUUUAGUGGACGUGCAAGGUGCAUGUGCGAGGUAUUGGAAUGUAUUAUGUUUGUUGACGGGUUGACCACCGACCGCCAAACCCUUGCUAGUGCCACCACUUUCCGCUUAGCGUGUACUCCACAGUCGGUUUCGUGUGUUU